AUGAAUACUGAAAUAAAGUACUUGCUCGAAAAAAACAUUUCAAUCUACCCCCAUAACUAUGAUGCUAAAUACCUGGUUCGGUACUUUUAUGAUAAGGCUCCCAAUAUAAGUGAUAAAGAUGUGUAUAAAGAGGUAGUUAAACUUAAAGUUGGCAAAUUUGGAAAUUAUAGUGAUGACAUUGUCAAUAUGUUCGGGGAGCUCUUAUGGCUUACGGUGUGCGAAAGUGAGAGAAAUAAUAUAAAAAAAGAAUAUAAAGAUAUAACGGACCAAAUUAUUGAAAUCCUAAUCCCGGCAACUGGUGAACGACCCCUGGGUCAAAUUUUCAACAGGGGCAUUGUUGAUUGUUUUCCACAAUCGACGAAUGUUAAUAACCGGCCUAAUCAUAAUGAUAUGAUAAGUGGCUUUGCGCCAACAAACUGGUAA